UCCCCGCCCUCCUCGGCUCUUUAAUGUGCCUCCUGCUCGCGCUGCCCGUCACUCUCGUUUCCGCAAGUGCCGCCGCUGGAUCCUGCUCCGUCCCUCGCCCGAUUUCCCCCCCCCACCCCCCUCACCCUCCUCCCCCUCCCCGGUGUCGCUCCCACGGCGCGGGGAGGCUGCGCUCGUGCCGCCGGAGAGGAGACGCGCGAGACGCGGGAGAGGCGCGAGAAGCGACGGCGCACACAUGUGUCUCCAGGUAUGAGGGCGUCGCUGCCACCGCCGGCCCACUGUCGCCAUGACGAUGCCACUGAGUCCCCUCUCCAGUGACGAAGAACAGCAAAGGAUGCUGGGAAAAAGCCAACACUUCUAUCCAGGGGAAGAAGGUGAGGAAGGGGAGGAAGAGGAUGAAGAGGAAGAGGGAGAGGAAAACCAUACAGAGGGGGUAGGAGACAAAGAGAACGGAGAGCUGGAAGUAGAGGAGGAAGAGGAGGAGGAGGAGGAGGAGGAGGAGGAGGAAGAAGAAAAGGAGAUGCCGAAAGGGGUCCAGUCCCGAGGCAGGGAGGAGGGCCCCAGGCACAUGGCCAACAUGGCCAACAUGGCCAACAUGGUUGGACAACAGGUUGGAGAAAGACAACGACGAUCCAGCAAUCCAGGACACAUCGGCACGUCCCACCUGUCCAACCCCGGAGCCGCUCUCCACCAGCCGGUCGGUCAACAGCAGCCGCUCCAUCCCCUAAGCAAUCGCCAACAGAUGAGACGACUGAAGGAGCGCAGCCAGAGCACAGUGAACCCGGCAGAAGACACACACAUCUCCAUGAUGGUGUUCCGCAUCGGUAUCCCCGACAUCAAACAGACGAAGUGUCUGAGAUUCAACCCCGAUGCUACGGUCUGGUGCGCCAAGCAACAGGUGCUGUGCUCCCUGACUGAGACCCUGCGAGACGUGCUCAACUACGGCCUCUUCCAGCCAGCGACGGAUGGACACGAUGCCAAGUUCCUGGAGGAGGAGAGGAUGCUGCGGGACUACCCGCAAUCCUUUGAGAAAGGGGUGCCGUAUUUGGAGUUUCGAUACAAGACCAGAGUGUAUAAGCAGACGAAUCUCGAUGAAAAGCAACUGGCCAAACUGCACACUAAGGCCAGUUUAAAGAAGUUCAUGGACUACAUUCAAGGUGGCUUGGUGGAGAAGACGGCCAAGUUUCUGGAAAAGGGCCUCGAUCCGAACUUCCACGACUCCGAUACUGGGGAGACGCCGCUGACGUUGGCGGUGCAGUCGGAACAGGGCGGAGCGGAGAGCAUCCGGGUCCUGGUGCUGGGGGGCGCUCACAUCGACUUCCGAGCCAAGGAUGGACUCACGCCGAUGCACAAGGCCGUCAGAGCCCACAACCACUCCGCGCUGCUGGCUCUCUUGGCACUCGGGGCAUCGCCCGACUACAAGGACCGCUGGGGGCUGACGCCGUUGUACCACAGCGUGCUGAUAGGUGGCGACACUUCCUGCUGCGAGACCCUGCUGUAUCAUCGGGCCAAGCUGGGGGUGAGGGAUGAGAACGGCUGGAACGAGAUGCACCAGGCCUGCCAGCAUGGUCAUGCUCAACAUCUGGAGCACCUCCUUUUUUAUGGUGCAGACUCCACUUCCCAGAAUGCCUCAGGAAACACUGCUCUGCACAUUAGUGCUUUAUAUAAUAAGGAAGGCUGUGUCCGCAUUCUGCUCUAUCGAGGAGCCAAUAAAGAGGCAAAGAACAACAACGGACAGACCCCUUUUCAGGUAGCUAUAAUGUCUGGCCAUUUUGAACUGGGAGAGGUCAUUAAAAACCACAGUGACUCAGAUGUAGUGCCCUUUCUGGAGUCGCCCAAAUAUGCCCCCCAAAGGUUAGAGAGUGCCCGGACCCUCGCCAUUCCUCGGCCGCAUCCCCUUCUCCGUGCCAACAGCGACAACAGCAUGAACCUGCCGGACUGGAUGUCCGUUCCCAACGCCGCCUCCAACAGCAUAGUCUCGGUGCAGGGGUACAAGAACCCGGGAGCCUCCCGCAGCUCCAGCAGCCCUCGGGGGGCUCGUACUCGCUCCCCAUCCCGUGGACGAGGGGACAAGGAGGAGAGAAGCCGCCAACCUCGUGGAAGACAAGGGCCAAUGUCGGCCAACAGCACGGGGUCAGGGGGCGGCCAGCGGCGGCGGCUCUACAGCGCAGUCCCGGGACGGGUGUUUGUGGCUAUGCGCUCACACGCUGCUCAGGGAAGUCGAGAGAUCAGCAUCAACAAGGGCGACAAAGUCAAAGUGCUGAGCGUGGGCGAAGGGGGAUACUGGGAAGGCACGGUGAGGGGACGCACCGGCUGGUUUCCGGCAGACUGCGUGCAGGAGGUUGCCGUGCAAAGCCAAGAUAACCGCUCAGAGAGCCGGAGUGACAAAUCCAAGAAGCUCUUCCGUCACUAUACUGUUGGAUCGUACGACAGCUUCGAAGCCCCAAGUGACUACAUUAUCAAGGAGAAGACCGUGCUAUUGCAGAAGAAAGACAACGAGGGCUUUGGCUUUGUGCUGAGGGGUGCCAAAGCUCAGACUCCAAUAGAGGAGUUUACUCCGACCCCAGCCUUCCCUGCGCUGCAGUACCUGGAAUCGGUUGAUGAGGGGGGCGUGGCCUGGAGGGCCGGCCUGCGCAUGGGAGACUUUCUCAUUGAGGUGAAUGGUCAGAAUGUGGUGAAGGUGGGACACCGACAGGUGGUCAACAUGAUCAGGCAAGGAGGCAACAGCCUCAUGGUCAAAGUUGUCAUGGUAACACGCAAUCCAGAAAUGGAGGAGGCAUCCAGGAAGAAAGUUCCCCAGCAGAGCAAGAGACUGACUCCACCUGCAAUCGCAUUGCGCUCCAAAUCCAUGACCUCAGAGCUGGAGGAGAUGGUGGAGAAAGCGGCUUCUCCUUGGAAGAAGAAAGCAGAAUAUGAGGCAACAGACAAAAAGAGGACGGUCUAUCAAAUGGCAUUAAAUAAACUGGAUGAGAUUUUGGCUGCUGCUCAGCAGACAAUCAGUACCACUGAAGGGCAAGGGCCACGGAGCCAUGGUGGAAAAAGGGAAAGGACAAGGGGCAUCUACACCAAUGAACCUAAUUUUGACCAGUCAGGAGUAGGCGUGAUGUCGUCUGGAUCAGGGUUUGGCUAUGACCGCGCACAAUUAAUGUCAGGCCAUGCUCCACAGCACGGUGUUACAGAGGAGGAAAAGCAGUACCUUCACCCUCCAUCUAUGAAGUUCUCACGCAGCCUCUCAGUUCCUGGCUCUGAUGACAUCCCCCCACCCCCCACCACUGCCCCGCCUGACCCCCCUUUCUCUGCAGGGCCCUCCUUGGGCUGGAGGGGGAAACAGCUCCAGAAACAGGCUUCCAUUUCGGUGUCCCAGGCCUCUACGUCGACGCAGUACCAGAUGUACUCGCAACCAGGACACUAUUCUCAGACCAGCCGGGAGAGAGCAGGAGCUGGUGGAAGUACAGACCAUCCAUCCCCUUUUGGCCAUCCAUCCUCACACCCCUCCCACCCCCAGCCAAGCAGGGCUGCGUCUCGUAAGGGAGGUGGCUUCUUGGGCGAUUCUGGUGGAAUUGGAGCUGGUGGAGGGAGAGCAGCAGGCCUGAGAAGAGGCUACAGUAAUGCUCUUCCCCCUUCCAGCGUGGCGCCGAUGACCCAGCAGCUGCAGCAACAGUCUAUUCAGAGUCAGGUCUCCCAGGUAUCCCAACAGAUAUCUCGGGCAGACAGGACUGGAGCUGGUGUCGGAGCUGGCGCUGGUGUGCCCAAAGGGCCAGCCAGGAGAGGAAAGGGCCAUUUAGUCAAGCAGUCCAAAGUGGAGAACCAGACACCCACCCAUGCUCUGAACAAGGUCCCAGUGGAGAAGAGCUCCAUUCCGAUUCCCACCAUUAUAGUGAAGGCUCCCUCUACCAGCAGCAGUGGCCGCAGCAGCCAAGGCAGCAGCGUGGAUGCGGAGCCAGCCCCAGACACUGGUACCAAAUCCCCUCCCGCAGGCCCAGGAGCCGCCCAGGAUCCCCCAACGACCACAGCCACCUCGACCGCAGCCUCACCGCCUCCGAUGAGCCCGCUCCCUUCAGCAACCUUCCGACCUUCUCUCCGUUCCCAGGAUAGCAUGGAUUUUACAAGUCAGUUUGGUGCUGCUAUAGUGGGAGCAGCCCGCAGAGACCGGGAGCGGUUCCAUGAAGCUAGGAGAAAGAGUGCAUCGUUCUUCAUCUCGGCUGAAGAUGAGGUUGGGUUAGGCCUAGCGGGUGGAAGGACCCAGACUGCACAACAGCACAGCGCUCAGAUCGAUAAUCCGUCUCCUCGCCUGCGCCCUUCCAAAUCCAUUGAUGAAGGCAUGUUUUCCGGAGACACUUUCAUCCACCACACACGCAGCAUGCCUCCCGCGUUUGGACUGCCUGAGUACUCCACCCCAGCCCCACCUGGGGAUUACCAGCCAAAAUCUGUGCCAGCAGACUUCUACAGGACAGGGAAACAGCAGCCCACCACCUUCAUCCACCCCCUGACUGGAAAGGUGCUGGACCCCUCAUCACCGCUGGGCCUUGCCUUGGCUGCUAGAGAGAGGGCUCUGAAAGAUGACGGAAGGAUGCGUAGAGAGAGAGGGGAGCACCAUUUUGGACGCCAGCUCUCCAGUGUAGGGGCUUUUCCCUCAGCUGCCUCGGCUGCCUCGGCCACUUCGGCCUCCCUUCUGCCUCACAUUUCUACUCCAUCCGCAAUCUCGUCCUCUCAGUCCUCCAGCUCCUCCUACCUCGUCACCUCCUCCUCCCUAGCUGCCACCACCUCCACUCCGGGCCGCCCACCUUCCCCAAGGGUAUUCCGCAGCGGAGGGCCGUGGGAUGAGGAGGGUGCAGAUAAGGAAAAAGAAGUGGGACCCAGAGAAGGGUUGAGAGUGCGAUUUUCAGAAGAUAAGCCGAUCCACAUGCAUCACUACCAAUCACAGCACUACCAGCUAAACUACAGGGAGAGAGAGAGAGAGAGGGAGAGGGAGAGAGAGAGGGAGGGCUAUGGGAAGAAGACGGAGCAACAGACAGCCCAGGUAACGUCUCACCCAUCUACCCAUCUACCUCCCCAGCGGCCGACUUACUUGCGCAUGGAGAAUGAUGCCAAUGCCUCAAUUCUGUCAGUUACCCCUCCAUCCCCUCCUACUGUAGGCUCGGCUCCAGUGCCGACACAGGGCAAUGGAGGAGAAAGUGGGGGCCUGGGUCUCAUGGUACUGCCACCCCCUGCGCCCUCUGUAGAUAUGGAUGAUGAGUUUGUCUUUGCCGACCCCUUGCCUCCACCCCUACAGUUCGCUAAUAGUUUUGAUAGGGGGCUGGGAGGACUGUCUGGGUAUAGCCAUCAAGGAGGGAUAAUGACCAGCAACCUGAACUCCACAAUUAAGCCCCCGCCACCUCCUCCCCCACCACCUCCAUCCUCACACAAAGAACCUCUGAUCGGAGGUUUCCCUUCUCACACGCCUCUUACAUCCCCACAGGCUGGGGACUCCACCACAUCAAGCCUGACUUCAUAUGACAGUGAAGUAGCUAAUCUCACCCAAUCUGCCCUCUCACCAUCUCCUGCCUCCCACCCCGUACCUCCGCCAUCGCCUUCAACCCUUCAACCCUCUUUGACCGAAUCAUCUGUACCACCCUCAGUCUCUCCACAUCCACCCAGUACUUCCUCGUCUCACGGGCCCCUUCCAAUCAGCCACACCCACCACCUCUACAACAGCACGCAAACCUCGGGGCGUUCCUCUCCGACGCCCCCGCCACUGUCCGCCCCCAACUCCAUAGCUACAGUAGUGGUCCGCAGCCCCACACCCUCAGCUAACUCUGCACAAGACAGAGGAACUGCCACCCUGACGACAACUGUGACCUAUGCGACUACCACAACAACAACUGCUGCGACGACCACUAUAGCCACCACUAUGCACUCAGAGCAUGCAGCAGCUACCGCGGCAGGUGCCGGUGGUGGGGGAAAGAUAGGUGAUCAAACACCUACCUCUGCAAAGAGUGGGGAGUCCCAGGAGACGGUGGUGGACUCUGGGAUUGAAGAGUUGGAUAGUCGAAGCAGCAGCGACCACCACCUGGAUAACAUCUUAGGAAUAGGAGGAAUAAGAGGAGAGAGAGGAGAAAAGGGAGAAAAGGGAGGAGUACAGGGAGAGAGAGGUAGUGAUCUACUGGAUUCCUACAUGACUUAUUUGGAUGGGCAAUCAUUUGAAAUGCACAAUGCAAAAACUGCCACCUCCACGUACCCCAAAGUGCAGCGAUACAAAGAGGGUGGAAGAGCGGUAUUGGACCUUCACCGGCAAACCAACACCGCCCCUGCCUCCUUUCACUCCCAAAGACGAAGAGAUGAGGUGGAGGAGGAAUGUCUGGAAGGCGAAGAGGACAAUGAAGAGGACAGUGGCCAUGAUGGAUAUGGUGCCAGAGAUGCGCAGAACUUGGGUCGUCCUGGUUCUCUGUAUAUUGAGAGGCCCCGCACCCCAGACAUGAAACCUCUCUGGGGUGAGGGUAGCGCUACAGCAGUGGGUGAAGGGGAGAUGGAAGAAGGAAACCAGGGAGGUGGGAUGUUUCUGGAGGCAAGGAAGCUGCACCCACCUCUCUCCGGUAUGAAGGCCAGCAUCAUCAAUGAACUGAGCUCCAAGUUGCAGCAGAUGGGAAACAAAAGCAUGGAGGGCUGGGGAGGACAGAGGUCUCUGGCCAGACACAGGUUCUCGGAAGACUCCUCUUCUGCCCUGAGUCCACCCUCUGCUCGCUCCCCCUCCCCAUUGCCCACCUCUCCCACCCUGACACCCCAGCCAGCCCUGUCUCCCACCCCCUCUCCUUCCCCCUCCUCUCAGCCUUCGCUGUAUCCCAACUGGGCCCGCUCCCCAUCUCCCCAGCCACCCAUAGUGCGUUCCCAGUCGCCACAAACCCACUCUCCCCUCUCGCCCUCCUACUCUCCAUACCCAACCUCACCGAAGCACAGGCACACGUACCGCACCAAGGGCUUGGAAUUCCAGUUUGGCCCGAGUCGGGACUCUCGGAGGUCUGAGUCACACUCCCAUUCGCACCACGUGCAGCGUCGCCGUGCACCAAGUCCCCUCAUUUCUCUGUCUGACAGGCCAAAGCUGGGCCCACCACGACCUUCCUCUCUCCCAAUCCUACCUACCACCCCUCUGUACGGGAGCCCCUAUGAGCUCCGUGGUUCUGUUACCCCACCUUCGCCAGCAAAUCCCCUAGGAGACCCUUACUUUUCUUCUUCUCCACCACUCUUCGCCCCCUCUGGGGCCCCUCCUCCAAACUCCUCCUUGGUAGUCUCCCGUUCCCUCUCCCCUACCCAGUUUCUCUCAGGCACUUCCUCUCCACCACUGCAUCCAAUUCCCCCACCAGCCUGUCUCAGCUACCCCCACCUACCCCCACCUCCAUCGUCCAAGCCCUUUGCCUCCAAGCCACUUCCAUACUGGACGAAGUACGAUGUGGCGGACUGGCUUAGCUACCUAAACUUGGGGGAGCACAGGGAGAAAUUCUUGGACAAUGAAAUUGACGGCACGCAUCUUCCCUCCCUCACCAAGGAGGACUAUCUGGACCUGGGAGUGACCCGUGUCGGUCACCGCAUGAAUAUUGAGCGUGCACUGAAAAGGCUGAUGGACAGGCUCUCUUCAUCAUUCCCUGUCUCUGCUCUUUCCCCCCGAGAGGGACAGACUGAUCGAAGGAGGAAUGAGGAAACAUGAAGCAGAGACGACAGACAGAGAGUGAGGAUGAGGAAAAAAGGAAGGAGAGAGAGAGAAAGAGAAAAAAAGAGAACACAUCAGUUGCUGUAAAUACUGGAUCCAAGGACUGUCAGAAACCAAACUUAUUGCCGCUGACAGUAAAGGAUGAACACAAAUCAAAGAAAAAGAGAAGACAGAAGAGAUGGGAAAAGAGAAGCGAUGCAAAAAGCUUGGCUGGACAUGUGUACUGCAAACUGAUCUGUGUGCACAAUGACACACACAUGCGCGCGCGCGCGCACACACACACACACACACACACACAACUGAAACAGUAUAUUAAUAGAGCAACUAUACAACACACACAAAUAAAUACAGCCACAGGUUUAUACAAAUCACAGACACAAUACACAUCUUUCAGCAGCAACAUUUGGAGAGAUAUAAAUGUAUAUAUAAAACAGAACACCUUAGAAUUUUACAGACAUUUUUGAUCUCAUUUAUUUGUAAGUUUAAAAGCAGAAGACAACUUUUCUGUUCGAGAGAGUGAGAAAGACAGAGGAAGAGAGAAGGGAGAUGGAAGGAGCGAGAAGCAGUUACAUGUCUUGGCCCACAAGCCUGUUCUCUUCACCCUCCCCUGUUUUUGGUUUAUUUUGGCCACUUACCCUGUUACCAGGGAAAGAAGGGCUGCGCUGUGGAGGUACCUGUGUACUUUUACUUCUGCACUCAGUGACAAUGUGCCACAGCUAAUGUAAAGCUCUAUACAGGAGAAACCACUGCCAGCAUGGCAAACUGACCUUCAGUAAACUGAUUGCCACUGUGUGUAACUGCUUGCUCAAACACAAAAUGUUUUAUUAGGAUUUAUUUAUUUAUGUAUGUAUGUAUGUAUGUAUGUAUGUAUGUAUAAGCACACAUAAACAGCCCCCACACUCAGAUUUUAAAAAUAUACAUACAUAACCUUUCCCCCUUACACACAUACACAGAAGCCUGGAGGGACACGCAAACUCAACUAUUUUUAUUAUUACUGAGUAUGAAUACAUAAGAAAGCAGAGGAGAAUUUUUAAGUAUUAUUUUUUAAGAAAAAAAAUCUUUAAACAAAAAUUAUUCCAAAAAGACCGAAGGCACUGAAGACUUUACGAUGUGGGAGCGACCGCUACGAUCAUAAUUAUAAAUGUGGCUUUUAGUUGGAGAGAGAGAAAGAGAGGAGGUGGGUGAAGGGGAAAACAGACUUAAGAGAUUCAUUCCCCCACCCACUCCGCCCACCCCCUUCCAAAUACUCUUUAUAAGGAUAUAAAACAAGUGAAUAAAUGAAUAUAAAGUAGGAUGGAUGGAUGAAUGAAUAUACACUUGCAUCUGUGUUGAAAAGAUGAUUGUUCUUAAAACACUUUUAUAGUUCAUUCAAAUGAGCAAAAGUAUUGCUAUUAAUAUAAUGAGAAUUAUUGUUAUUGCUGGUGUUGUUAUUGUUACCAUCAUCAUUGUUAUUGUCAUAGUUGUCAGCUGAAGUUCCCUUGCCAUUCCUAGGAGAGAUUAGGUCAUUAUCAUAUUGCAAUUAUGAGAAUUAUUAAUCAGAGUUAUGGUUCCUCCCAUAAGCAUGACGUGAGUGGGUGCUCCGUUGAAAUGAUCCGGUAAAAUAUUUUUAGGGAGAAAAACAAAACCGAAAGAGCCAGGAACACUAUGAGAAGAACAUUUAGUUAAUUUCCAUUCUGUCUCUACUGACAACAGUGAGAUGUACGGCUAACCCCCCCAAAAAUGAUGCGCAACGAAACGGACACUUGGAUAACUGACUGGGUGAUGGUGGCUGACCGGAUCGCACAGCGCGUAGCCAACAAAAUUUCAGACACGCUCCUCCUUCCCAGCUCCCCUAAUGUCUUGUACGCUGUCCGAGAAAUCCGAUCAACAAGGGCUCUUCCGUGUUUCUGCCGCCUAUCUGUUGGUGUGUCUACCUCAUCCACUGAUCUUUUUCCUCUCCUUGCCGCUCCUCACUGCUCCCCUGAUCCCAUCGACUCUGCGCGUCAGCUUUUACGCACUCGUACACAUAGAGAGAGAGGUCCCGCCUCACCACUAAGAAGUAAACGUUGUGCCGAACCCCCCCCCCCCCCCGGCUCACCUGUUUUAAAUUGUAAAUUUGACUUUUUCCACUUAAAAAGAAUGAAUGAAAUCCCACUGUAAACAUGGGAAAAAUGUAGUAGGGAACACGGUAACGUUGGCAGGAAAAAGUUUGAAGAUGAUGGUAACAGUAACAAUCAUAAUAACAAUACUAGAUGUUAUAGCUCUGCAGAAUCUCUGUCUUCCAAGUAAUUUGUAAUAAGAAAAAUGUACACUUUUUUUCUUUUUUUUUUUUUUGCUUAAAUGCUUUCUACACAACUUGCUCUACUCCCUCUGUGAUCUCUCUUUCUGUCUUUCAAAGCAACAUUCAGCGAAUGUGUGGACCACCCAGAAAUUUUGCUGGACCUCACCUCUCUCUCUCCAAUCCCGCAGUCACAAUCAGCUCUGUGCUUAAACUUUGUUCUUUAAAUUUUCAUUCCUGCCAUACGACGUUAUUUGUUCCCUGUAGUCCAGAUCUGAAUUCCAGUCUCCGAAAAACAAUUAUCACCACUUAGCUGAUUUAGGUAUCACCGGAAUGGAUCAUCCACGGUUUUAAAUAAUCACAUAAGAAGUGUUAGUGCUAUGCAGCUUAAGAGAGCAUAACUGCAAAGAAGGGAUCGGCCAGGGAGUAUAGAAAGCAUUACUGUUUCCUUUAAAAUAUUUUAAAAUUGUAAAGAAAAAAUAACAUAUGAAAUAUGAC